GAAAAAACAGGGAAACGAUUGUAAGGGUAGCUAGUCAGCUAGCUUGCCAGUCAAGCCUGGGCGAAACCACCUGGGCGCAAAAAAACAGAAGACCACUGUGUUCUCGAAGCGUAGAAUGGCUCAGUUAGUGGGGUGAUCUAGCAUAUAACUCAUUUAAGUGUGGAAGGGAGUAGAGCUAGAUGACAGCUGGGAAGCUAGCUGACGUUUGAGAAAAAGCUAGCUAGCCAGGUAGGCAGCUAGACAGACUAGCUUCCUAAAAGGCAGGUAGAGAAAGUGACAACUUCGUUCAGUUCACAACGACGCCUGUACAAUCGCUAACAUGACACGGGGCAACGACAGCCAAGAAACAGCAGACAAGACUCUCAGUCGACAAAAUGAAGUGAACAGGAAGUUAAAGUACACUAGUCUGGCGAUCCUGGUGGUCCAGAAUGCCUCGCUCAUCCUCAGCAUCCGCUAUGUACGCACGCUGCCUGGUGACCGCUUCUUCACCACCUCUGCUGUGGUAAUGGCAGAGGUUCUUAAGGUGCUCACCUGCCUGCUUAUCAUCCUGGUCCAGAAGAGAGUGAACAUCAGGGACUUUGUCCUGUCCCUGUAUGAUUCCAUCGUGGUGCAAUACAAAGACACUCUGAAGCUCGCCGUGCCCUCGCUAAUCUACACCCUGCAGAACAACCUGCAGUACGUGGCCAUCUCCAACCUGCCGGCAGCCACCUUCCAGGUGACGUACCAGCUGAAGAUCCUGACCACAGCUCUGUUCUCGGUGCUGAUGCUGAGAAAGAGUCUGUCCAGGGUCCAGUGGAUCUCCCUGCUGCUGCUGUUCGCUGGUGUAGCCAUCGUACAGGUGGAGCAGGAGGGCAAGGUUAAGGAGACCAGCGUGAAGGGAGGAGCCAGCCAGAACUACGCCAAAGGCCUGGUGGCGGUGGUGGUGUCCUGCCUGUCCUCGGGCUUCGCAGGAGUCUACUUCGAGAAGAUCCUGAAGGGCAGCUCGGCGUCCGUCUGGAUCCGCAACGUCCAGCUGGGCAUCUUUGGCACCCUGAUGGGGCUGCUGGGGCUCUGGUGGAACGAUGGGGAGGCCAUGGCGGCCACCGAGCGUGGCUUCCUGCACGGGUACACCCCCAUGGUGUGGGGCGUGAUCUUCAACCAGGCGUUCGGAGGCCUCCUGGUGGCCGUGGUGGUGAAGUACGCCGACAACAUCCUGAAAGGCUUCGCCACGUCCUUCUCCAUCAUCGUGUCCACCGUGACCUCCAUCUACCUCUUCGGAUUCCACGUGGACCUCCUGUUCACCGUGGGGGCGGGGCUAGUGAUAGGCGCCGUCUAUAUGUACAGUCUGCCCAAGCCUGCAGGCCCCACCCCUUCCACCGCUGGUCCCUCCCUUUCUUCCUCCAGCCCACCGCGGGGCGAGCUGGGCGACGGUGUUGGGGACUCGGAGAUGGACGCUUUCCUCCCAAAGACCUCAGGAAAGGAGAAAGGAUGCUGAGGGCAAUGACUCCUACUCUAUGACUGUCCUUCACUCCACACCUGCCCAUCAUGCCAAAAGAGAACCUAACUUCCGGAAUGACAAGUGCCUUUAGAAGCUUGAAGAUUCCAAAGCACAGUGAUCUAGAAGACUAGCUCAGCUGACAGCUGGUACACAGGAUUUUAAGUGGCACUUAAAUGGUGCUUAGUUUACAUGUAACUGGUCCUAAACUGAAACACGCAUUGUUUUCACAUUGUUGCCUUUAAUUUGAUUUAUCUUGAUCUGAAAUUAACUUCCUUUUUCUACGUGUAACCUUUGCAUUAUUUGCUGUUGGGUUUAAUCCCAAUGGUUUUAUUAAUCCUAUUUUAUCCUUUUUGAUCUUUUUUUCUAUUAGAAUGUUGUGUGACCCUGCUGGAAAUGUUAGUUCUGUGGUGCUCUCUCCUGGCUGAAGUCCUAACUGUAAGCCUAGCUUAGUGCCCCACAAGGAGUGCUAUACGGGAAAGCAGUGCACCGCAUCCAGGACUAUGACAGGCUGGCGGAAGUCAGUCACUAGGAUCAUUUGUCUUAAUGUAAUGUUUUUAGAUGUCAAGUAUUUGAUUGUCUGAAGGUUGUAUGACACUAUCAGGAGCAGAGUUAUCAUGUCUGAUUGAAAUGUGAAUGUGGAAUAUAUGUCCAUCCAUAUCAUCUUAACUUUUUACAAUAAGGAUAUAUUUAUCAAUAGGAAUAUAGAUUGAUAAUAAAGCUAAUUG